GUCGGGAUUUUGCCUUUUGGUCACACCGAACUCGUGCGCCUGCUGAUUUCAGAUUUUUUAAAUAAUAAAUUUCGAAUUUAUUAAUUAAAACCGACUCGAAACAAUGGCUUCCAUACUGCGUACGGGGAAACUGUUGCGCUACUUUGCGGGCUUCACACGUAAUGUGCUGGUCAGCUCGGUGCGCGAGAACGAGGCGAGCAAUCUGCUGACAAGUGCACCAUGCAUAUGCGGCCAGUUCCAGAGUGGCUUCGCUACCAAUGCCGCCGCCAAGGCAGAGCUGAAUCUCGACAAGCAGAUUCGCCGCCUGGACCACGAUGUGCGACGCAUCGGGCGCAUAUCGCGACGGGAUCUGGAGGAAAUCCUCGAUGAGAUACGCACACACCGCACGGCCACCAGUUCGCAAUCCCUGAUGGUCAUACGCUGCUGCGGCAAUCUGGUGCCCGAGGAGCUGCCGGAGGUGCGCACAGCCCUGGUGCAGGAGAUCUGGAAGACGCUGAAUGCCCUCAAUGUGCCCAUGGACAUCUCGCACUACAAUGCGCUGCUGCGCGUCUAUCUGGAGAACGAGCAUCCGUUUGCGCCCACCGAUUUCCUUGCCGAGAUCGAGGCCAAGGGCAUCGAGCCGAACCGCGUGACAUAUCAGCGGCUGAUUGCUCGCUAUUGCCAGCAGGGCGACAUCGAGGGUGCCACCAGAAUCCUGGAGUUUAUGCGGGGCAAAAGUUUGCCAGUGAAUGAGAAUGUUUUCAAUUCGCUGAUACUGGGACAUUCGCAGGCCAACGAUUUGGAGUCUGCCAAAGGCAUUCUGGCGGUGAUGAAGCAGGCCGGCCUGGAGCCCAGUGCCGACACUUAUACGACGCUGCUCUGCGCCUUUGCGCGUCAUGGGGAUCUGGCUGCUUUGCAGGAGACCCUCACGGAAUGCGACCAGAAGGAGAUCAUCUUGCAGGACAAGGAUCUGCUGGACACUGUGUACGCCCUGGCGGUGAACGGCAAUGGCGAUAAGGUGGAUGAGCUGCUCGCCAAGUUGCACAUCUCGCCGGGCUUCAAUCAGGAUGCCGUCAAUGUGAUCCUGCGCCUCGUCAACAAGGGUCACGAGGAUGUGGGUCUGCAGAUACUGCGCGUGAUGCCACGUUCGAAUCGCGUGAACGGCGAGCCCGUGGAUGUGGGCGCCUUCUUCAUACGCCAAAUGGUGAAGGCCAAUCGACCCGUGGAGAAGAUUCUGACCAUCUGCAAGACGCUCCAGGCAGAGGGACUCAACCCCAAGGCCCUGUCCAUUGCCACGGAGGCGGGUCUGACCAAUGGCGUGGUGAACAAUGCCCUGCCGCUGCUCAAGGAGAUGAAGAACGCCGGUCUGCCCAUCCGGCAGCACUACUUCUGGCCGCUCAUCUGCUCGGUGGAGUCGAAUCAGGUGCUGGAGAUUGUCCGUCGCAUGCAGCAGGAGUUCGCAGUGCCUCCCAACUCGGAAACGAUCAGGGACUAUGUGAUACCCAGCCUCAAGGAGAAGAACUGGGAGCGUGUCAUCACUGCCCUGCGGGAUGCUGGCGUUUCCAAUUCCACGGCCGUCACCUCAGCUGUCUAUGCCGCUCUGGUCACGCAUCAGAUUGCCGAUGCCGCCAAGAUUAUGGAGCAGAACAGAGCCUACUAUGUACCCGUGCUGUUCAGGCAGCCACUGAUCCUCGCCCUCAGCCACACGAAUGACUUUUCCGCCUUUAUUCGCUGCCUGCGACAGAUCCACGAGGGACUGCAGCAGCGCCCCGCUGGCAAAGAGGAGGAGGCCGAACAGGGAGAGGCAGCAGCAGCAGCAGCAGCUACGGAGAAGAACAUACCCGAUGUGGUGGGUAGCAUUGUGCAGGAGGCAAGCAACUACUUCAAUCGCGAUCGUGUGGCCACGCUGGAGAAGAUCCUCCAAGGGCUGGUCAAGCAGGGCCUGUCCAUCAGCAGCGCAAGGGCCACACAGCUCUCGGACCAACUGGGCGCCGAAAUGACGCCAAAGAUUUCCGAAUUGCUGGGAAAACUUAGCUCCGGCGAGCUGGAGCCAACGGCACUGCCAAGCAGCGGCAAGCGAACAUUGGUCUCCCUCUCCAUCGAUGAACUGGAACGUUUUAUUACAAAUGUGGAGGCCAAGGGCGAGAAUGCAAACAACAUCAAAAGGCAGCUCCUGAGUGCCUGCUUCCGUUCCCAGAACAUUGAAAAGACGCUGCAGGUCAUGGAAAAACUGGAAACGGAAAAGUUUCAGGUGCCACUAGGCAGCCAUGCGCAGCUGGUGGAUCUGUAUACGCAUCACAAGCGCAGCUCGGAGGCGCUCGAUGUCUACACGAAGCUGAGGGCCAAGGAGCCGACAUUCCAGUUGGAUAACCUGAAGACGGUGCACCUGGCGGAUCUGCUGCUGCAGGAGGAGCGUGUGGAGGAGGCGUUCAAGCUGCUGGAAGAGAACAAAAAGGAUGCACCCAUCAGCGACACCGAUGGCAGCUUCAACUACGUGAGCACCGUGUGGCGUGUGCUCAAUGCCAUCGCCGAGGCCGGUCAGCCGGAGAAGCUGCGGCGCCUGUUCGAUGCGCUGGUGGCCGCCAACUACAUUGUGCCCACCAAUGUGCUGCUGGGACCACUGAUCAAGGUGCAUCUGGUGAAGGACGACAUACCCAAGGCGAUUGAAACGUUCGAGGAGAUCUGCCACACGUACAAGGUGACGCCCUGGAAGAAUGAGCUGUCGUGCCGCCUCAUCCAGAAGGAGGACGCCAUCAAUCUGCAGCGCCUGACCGAUCUGAGCACGGGCAUCCAUGGCGAGGUGAACAGCUUGUACGAUUUGGUCUUCUCCUUUGUGGAAUGCGGACGCGUGCGUCAAGCGAGGAAGAUCCUGGAGACACCUGGCCUGCGCACACGCCCCCAAAGGAUCAGCAGUGCCUGCGAUCGCUAUCGCAACGAGGGUCUGCUGCAGCCCCUCGAGGGUCUCGUCGAAGCCACCAAAGACCUGGGACACAUUGAUCGCAACAAGAUCUAUUACACGCUCUUGCUCAGCUACGACAAGGCCGAUGAGGCCGAAAAGGCUCUCGGCUUGUGGACCAAAAUGCAGGAGGAGACGCUGCUGCCCACCGAUGCGUUCCUGCUGAAGCUGGCGGAGAUUCUGAGGCGCAAGAACAUUGAUGUGCCCUUUGUGGUGCCCGAAACGCAGCAGCAAUCGCGAAGGAGCAGGGCGGCCCAAAAGCAAGAGCAAACCCAGACAGAGACGCCCAAGGAGCAGUCCUCCGGCAAGAGGGAGCAGCCAGCAGCCAAGCAGGAGACUACGCCCAGGCCCAUCUCCCACAAAUCUGGCUUCCGCAAGGCACUGCUGGCCAACGAUACGGAUGCAGCCAUCAGCCACAAACAGAGCCUGGCAGCCACCGACAAGAUCAACAUACUGGACACUUCGCGACUGAUUGAGCUGCUGGUGCGCGACGAUCGCCUCACGGAGGCCACCAAAUAUGUGGAGGAAGUGCUCGCCGAUGGCCUGCAUCCGCAGCUGAAGAUCUUCCGGUUCUAUUUGAACAAAAUUGCCGCUGCGGGGGAUCUGGAGACGCUCGCGAAGAUUGGCAAGCAGCUGAACGAAGAGCAGAAGCGUCUGGUGUCGUUUGACAAUCGUUUCUGCCACGCCAACAUUGUGGCCGGCAAGGCGGAGCCGUUCCUCAAGCAGCUGAGCGCAGAGAUUGACACCGCCAAGACGCCCGAGGAGGCGGCCAAGCAGGCGGAGAAGUUCCCGCGUGGCGGCGCCGUUGGCAUACUCGACAAGCAUCCCGAACUGUUGCCGCAAUAUCAAGCGCUGGCGGAGAAAUACGCGGCCCACAAUCAAUUGGGGCCGAUGAAUGUGCUGUGGAUGCAUUUGAUAUCCAGCGGGCAGGAGGCGGCCUCCAAGGAGAUCUGGGACAAGCAUCUGUCGCAGUUGCCGCGUCUGAUGUUCCAGCGUGUGCUGCAGACGGCACGCGAGCAGCAGGACGAGAAGCUGGCCACGUCGGUCAUUUCGCAGCUGAGGGAUAGCAAAAUCUCCGAGGGCGCCAUUGGCAAUGCCUACUCCUGCCUGAUUGACAUCCAAACGACCAAGGGGCAGCACGAAAAGGCCCUCGAUGUGCUGUCGAAUGCCGUGAAGGAUGUCUCACUGGAGAAUAUCAAUCGCACGGCACUGCUGAGGCUCAAGGUGGCCGCGGAGGAGAAGGAUCUGAAGUUCCCCUAUUCGAUACCCGAGAAGAAAGUGUCCAAGGCUGAUUCAUCCUCGUCCUCCUCUUCCUCGUCGGACAGCGACGAUGAUGUGUCGCCGAAGUUACCCGAAACUGUGCCACCAAAACCGGCAAAUUAAAUUCAGAUUUAGAUUUGAUUCGGGGAAUCAGCCUUAAACCUUUGUAAUUAAUUUUAUUUUAAGUAUUUACUAUGGAUAAUAUUGAUGAUUGUAAACUAAAGAAAUAUAUGUUUAGUUUUCGUUGUUGC